GUUUAUAGAAAGAGAAACAAUAGAAGCAAGACAGAGAAAGAUUGUCAUUUAUUUGAUUUUUUAAGAAGUUGAAAACAGGGGUUUUUUAAGGGGUUUUUCUUUUACUUUUACUUAUUAUAAGGAGAGAUUGUCAUUCAUUCCUCAAUUUUGUUUUAGUUUUAAGUUUUCUGUCUCUUCUCUGUUUGAUUGUUUUCAAGAUUACACACAUUCAAGAAUUAACAAUAUGAGUUGUUUUUUAGACUGUUUGGGAAAGUCUAGCAAGAAGAAGAUAAAAGAAAACCCUAAUCAUAAUUCUAAAGAAAAUCCCAAUUCUAAUUAUUCAAAUAAACCUGACGAUCCUACAUCUUCUACUUCAGAUGAAUCUGCUGCUAUGCAACAAUUGGCUUUUAGAAGAGAUGUAAAUAUGAGGCAGGAAGAGACCGGGGAAGUGGCCUCAUCUUCGGGCGUUAGAGAAUCAUCGGUUUUUAUGGGUAUUAGUGGGGCAGGUGUUUCGGGUAGCACCAAAGCGCGGACAUUUACAUAUUUUGAACUUGUGGAGGCAACGAAUAAUUUUCGAUCAGGCUUUCUAGGCGAGGGUGGCUUUGGCAAAGUGUAUAAAGGCAAAUUGUUAGAUACUAGUGAGGUGGUUGCUAUCAAGCAGCUUGAUCGUAAUGGAGUGCAGGGCAUCCGGGAGUUUGUUGUUGAAGUACUAACACUUAGUAUGGUAGAUCACCCGAAUCUUGUGAAGUUGAUUGGAUACUGUGCAGAGGGUUCUCAGAGGCUUUUGGUGUACGAGUACAUGCCACUCGGAUCCUUGGAAACCCAUCUACAUGACCUACGACUUAAUCAGAUGCCUCUCGACUGGAAUACAAGGAUGACAAUUGCCGCUGGGGCAGCGAGGGGCUUAGAGUAUUUGCACGACAAGAUGAAGCCACCUGUAAUAUACCGUGACUUGAAAUGCUCCAACAUCUUGCUUGGUGAGGGCUAUCACCCGAAACUAUCAGAUUUUGGGUUAGCCAAAGUGGGUCCCGUUGGGGAUAAGACCCAUGUCUCCACUCGGGUGAUGGGCACUUAUGGUUACUGUGCACCCGAUUAUGCAAUGACUGGUCAGCUGACGUUCAAGUCGGAUAUAUACAGUUUUGGUGUCGUUCUGUUGGAGCUUAUUACAGGACGAAAAGCAAUUGAGAUGAAUGGUGGCCGAGAACAGAAUCUGGUUGCCUGGGCUAGACCGAUGUUCAGUGAUCGCAGAAAAUUUUCACUAAUGGCAGAUCCAGCACUUGAAGGUCAAUAUCCCACAAGAGGAUUAUAUCAAGCUCUUGCAAUUGCAGCAAUGUGUGUUCAGGAGCAGCCUAAUAUGAGGCCUCUUGUAGGCGAUGUGGUAACCGCUCUAAAUUACAUUGUUUCUCAAAAAUACGAUCCUCAUGCACAAUCUUCUCAUCAUCGUAGAACCCCAUCUUCCCCCGGUGUUAAAAAGGAUUACGGUAGCAACAGUAAGAUGCCUGUUUCUGGAGACAAGCAAAGUAGUGAUUCGGAAGACUAAAAGACGGAAAAUCAAAUACAGCCCGAUAAUUCUUACAUAUGAAACGCUUAUUCUUUGAUAUUGUUGAUACUUGAUACAAUCGAAUGCGUUCUGUUAUCGAAUUUUGUAAUGAGCCGGUAACAAAAUGCGCGAUUUCAUACAAAUUGACAUUGCAGAAAAUGAAUGUCUAAUCUUCUUUUUAGUCCCUCCUCUCUGUUGUGUACAUCUGAGCUGUGGAUUUUUUUUGCCCAAUCCUUAAAGUUCGCCAUCCCUUUU